GUUGGCGUCACAACAAUCGUGCGUCACUUCCCGUUCGUUCUUGCCGAGAGCAAUGUAAACUUCCUGGGAGUGUCGACUUUCGCGCUCCUGGUCCAAAAUUCCGAAAAACAGUCAUGAUUCUCUGCGUUUGGAGAACUUUUUCUGUGAUAUUCUACUUAACAGUCACCUGCGCUAGCGAAGCGUCAACCAUCUUCGACAAGCUCAAAUAUUUCGAGACGUUGAAAGUGACCGAUCUCAGUCAUUUCAUCACAAAACGAGGAACGCAACCCAGUAAACAUAAGUUCAGCACAAUCAAGGAAGUCAGUUUCAAAGCUCAUGGAAGGGAUUUCAGACUCAUCCUAAAUCCUUCAAAGGGUCUGCUCUCGGCUCACUUUAAAGCAUACACUGUCGAUGGUUCGGGCAACAAGAGGCCUGUAUGGGUCGACCAGAACCAGUUUUUCGAAGGACGAGUGUUCGGGGAACUGGACUCCAACGUGAGCGCCCACAUGGACGAUGGGGUCAUGACAGCCUCGAUUCGCGUCAAGAAUGACAUUUAUGUGGUGGAGCCCUCGUGGAGACAUAUACCCCAGGACAGCAACGCCACCAUGAUCGUCUACCGCGCUUCCGACGUCAAGUAUUCGUGGGACCCGACACAUGGGGCGGAAUCUCUGACAAAGUACUGUGGCUACGUGAAGGAAGGUGCCAACUCGAGCCUGGAGUCCGCCGGGGAUGCAGCCGAGAAUUCGGGUCACUGGGAAGGGCACGGCAAGGGUGGUGGUGGCAGCAGCCACGUGGAGAAACGCCAGGCCAUGGAGCCCUACCACUGGGAACCCGUGCAGACGCGCUGCUCCCUGCUGCUGGUGGCAGACCACCGCUUUUACGAGAACAUGGGCGGCCGCAACCUCAAGAGCACCAUCAACUUUUUGAUAACCCUGAUCGACCGUGUGAACAAGAUAUUCCUGGACACGGAGUGGCGGGACAGCGACCGGCACCCCGGCUUUCGUGGGAUGGGCUUCGUCAUCCAGGAGGUGAUGGUGCACACCGAGCCAACCCCUGUGCUCCGCAACGAAGUCCACUACAACAUGGCCGGAGUCACCUGGAACGUCAGGGACCUGCUGGAGGUGUUCUCUCGCAGCCUGAAUCACCGGUGGUUUUGCCUGGCGCACUUGUUUACCGAUCAGAAGUUUGAAGGGGGCAUCCUGGGCCUUGCGUACGUGGGCUCACCCCGAAGGAAUUCCGUGGGCGGCAUUUGCAGCCCCGGCUAUGUCAAAAAUGGGUACACGCUCUAUCUGAACUCUGGCCUAAGCACCUCACGGAAUCACUACGGCCAGCGUGUGAUUACAAGAGAAGCUGACCUGGUCACAGCACAUGAAUUUGGCCACAACUGGGGCAGUGAGCACGAUCCAGAUCUCCCCGAGUGUUCCCCAGACUCUCCUAGGGGUGGCUCCUAUCUGAUGUACACUUACUCUGUGAGCGGGUAUGACCCUAACAACAAGAAAUUUUCACCGUGCAGCGUGAGGUCCAUUAGGGCUGUGCUCCUGGCAAAAGCUAGCAAGUGCUUUUCAAAGCCAGAGGAGUCGUUCUGUGGCAAUUCCCUGGUGGAGGAAGGGGAACAAUGUGACGCUGGGCUCAUUGGAAGUGAAGACAGCGACCCGUGCUGCGACGAUGAGUGCAGGCUCAAGCAGAACGCCAAGUGCAGUGACAGAAACUCACCCUGCUGCCGCAACUGUGACUACUCCCAGUAUGGAGCCCUGUGUCGCGAGGCCCAGCCCAACGCUUGCAAGAACGAGUCUCAUUGCACUGGAAAAUCGGCCGAAUGUCCUCCAUCCCGUCCACUGGACGAUGACAAACCGUGUCUUGACAAGGGCAAGUGUCGUGGUGGAGAAUGCAUGCCUUACUGUGAAACCAGGGGAGAGAUCUCGUGCAUGUGUGACACAGAGGUGGAUGCUUGCAAGCGAUGUUGCAGGCCAUCCCACAAUGCCACAUGCAAGCCUACAGAGCCAAUGGAAAUACUGAGGGAUGGAACACCCUGCAUACAUGGGUACUGCGAAAAGGGAAGGUGUGAAAAGACUGUGCAAGAUAUUGUGGAAAGAUUCUGGGACAUCAUUGAGGACAUUGACAUCAACACUGUUUUGAAGUUCCUCAACGACAACAUUGUGGGGACUGUGAUCGUUGUGUCCAUCAUUGUGUGGGUGCCAGGAAGUUGCCUCAUCAGCUAUGUGGAUCACAGGCGCAGGGCCGAAUAUGAGAAGUCAAAGAAGACCUGUCGGAAGCGAGAUAGCCUUCAGCCGUUUCGCCUGCCUUCAGAUAGCAGCGUCAAAGUGGUUCACAUAUCACGGCGCCAGCCACAACAACAUCAGCCGCAACCGCAGCAGCAACAUCAGCCGCAACAGCACCUGCCUCAACAGCACCAGCCGCAACAGCACCAGCCGCAACAGCACCUGCCGCAACAGCACCUGCCACAACAGCACCAGCUGCAUCAGCCACAGCACCAGCCACAGCAGCACCCUGUGGCAUCUUCCCAGGAGCAAGGCUUGGGUCCCGCCUUGAGGAUGUCAGCUCGAGCCGCGCCUUCCAGCCACAAUGGGGACUACUGGUCCACCUCUGGUGCCUAUGCUGCCCCAGACAGGAGCCUGCACGGGCCGCGAUACGAAGGACGUCCGUACGUGAGACCAAGCAGCGUCGCAGAAGGCGGGAGCUACGGCCGGCACGACCCGUCAGACUACUACCACCACCACCCUUCACAUCCGCAAGGGUACGGCCGUCCAGGCACGGGCUCUGUCUCAGAGAGGCCCGGAAGCCGCUCGAGGCAGCACAUCGAGAACUACACCGUGCUAUAGCGCCGCCGGUUACCUUCGUCUCUUUGCUGUUUCUCGGUGUUGAACCACCUUUGACACGUCAUCUGAUUUCACCUUUCCGGAACCAUUGGAAGACAUCAGUCAGUCCUUUUUGUUCUUCGAGAGAGAGAGCGUGCUUUAUGGUUUGGGAAUGAAUGCUGAGUCUGCCAUAUAUGGAUGGGAAGGGGCUUGAGUUUUCCGUGCCCCAACUUUUUGGAGACGAGCCUAACUCGUCCUUCAAUGUCUGUUUCGUUCGCUCUUUGGAAUUCUGUCCGCACGAUCUUGAGGCCAUGACAUUGGUGCGAAAAACCAACUGAAAAUUGCAUAUAAUUUGGAGUGCGUGAAGACCGUUUCGUGCCACAAUGGUAUUAUUGACUGUACCUGAGUCGCAAAUAUGGUUGCAUCAAAAGCAUAUUUGCAAUUUCUGCGCAGUAAAUAUUCACGCUUGGUUCGUUUUUCAAAAAGCAAUGUGGAACUCUUUAUUUUGUGUUUCCAAUUUUGUGCAGUUUUUGGUUAAUUUUUUGCCCUUCAGACCUUUCUAUUCUGCACUGUAACCUGCGCGACAAGGCCUUCUUGCACUGCAGUCUGCUUAUACUCGCAACCUUCUUCGACUGCCAAGCUAGUAUGCCUUUUACAGUACUAAAAUUAUCAACGAGAGUUGUCAAACGAAGGAUCUUUGGUCACAAUAAUUUAUUGAAUUGCUGAAGAGAAGAUGUAAGAGUCCAUUUGGGUGCAGUGGUACCUCAGGUCUUUUGUUUUGCACAACCAUGUUUCACUGUUUAGAUUAGAAAGUUCCUAUCUUUUGCAUUGCGGGGUGCAUUGAGCUGUCGAGCGUAUUUAGUUCGAAGUUAUACGUGCUAUAUUUUGCCAAAGUUUGAAUGUCAAAGAUUGAAUGUGGCAGGCCGAUUGUUUAUUUUCCGACUAAUUUAGUUUCGCGUCAUGCCACGACUACAUAUUUAUACUUUUUGUGGACAUGUUUGGUUGUGCUGUAUAGUACGAAUUGGUAGAUGUCGGUUGCCAUGCUGAGGGUGUUUACAAACAUUCUGUUUUUAUCAUUGAACCUAGAUUCAUAGAGACAUAUUCCAUGUAGGUUUUACAAUAUUUGUUUUCUGCAAGCAGUUUUAAGCUCCUUUGUGCUAAAGUCCCUCUUGCAUCAAGAACACGAAAGUGACUAAAAUUAAUUGGCAUCAAAGUAAUAAUGAUGCCAUAUUGUGGAGCACUAACUGUCGUCAAACUGAAGUCUGUUUCUGUGAGACGUUAAGAAUUCAUUGCAGAAAAAAGUUUGUUUUGCUCAAAAUGGUGGUCUAGUUGUUCCCGAUUGCUCGUGACAGUUGAACGGUUUUAUGUGCAUUCAUAGUCGCUCAGUUUUGAUAGUAAUGUUUCAAGAUGAUUUUUUUGCAGUCUUUUGACUGUUGUGCAGAAUUGGAAUGGCUUUCAUGCAUCUCAUGCACGCUGAUGAUUUUGUCUCAUUAUCUAUUAUCAGUUGAUGCAUGAACAUCAGGUUGUUUUUGAUGGUUGCAUAUUAUCGAUGGGUCUGUGGGAUUCUUGUGAAAUAUACAUAACCGAUGCUACUAUACAAGUAGUCGUGGAGAUUCAUUGUGUUGGUGAUGUGCACUCAGUGAAUGCUUGCAGGGUACAAGGCUCACUUACUCUAAGUGACAAGCAUGAGAUGAGUGAGAGCACCCUCAAUGGUACAUUAUUCCUGUUUUAUUGGCAGUUCCAGGCAUUGUGGGCAAGUGAAACCAGGUUGUGAGACCUAUCGUUCCAGGAACACCACUUGUGUCAUGACUGUUCUUCUGUCUCUUUGUGCAUUUGUUACAUCUGAGCUGGGUUCCAACUGUGCUUGAGCAUAUGAAUUGCAUUGUUAAUUUGUGAUGUUAAAGGGCACACUAAGCGGUGUGUGACUGUCUAUUUAUGGCUCAAGCAUCAUCUACCUACUUAACCAAGUCUAAAAAUCUGCAAAUUAUUUGUACAGAUGUCCUACUUCUAUAAGAAACAGGCAGUUAAAGUUGUAUCAUAUCACCUUGCACCAAGAAAAGGGAAAGCAGUGAACCCAAGUUUCUUUCUGUUUCUCGGUGCAAACAGGAGAAAGGGUACAACUUUGAAUGACGCUGGUGAAAAUAAUUUGUGAAUUUUCAAACUAUAAAGUAGGUAAAGUGCACAAGUGCAUUUUUAGAUUAAGCGAUGUUAAAUUCAUUAUGGUUGCUAUUGGGAUUAGGCUCAAUUGCUCGAUAAUCUAGUCAUGACAGAAGAAUGAUUCCUACCUUUAAAAUCACUGACUCGCAGGCAGUUGUUAGUCUGAUUUGACUGCAAAUAAAUUGUUGUUUCUUUUUAA